CAAAAACAAAAAGCUUGCAAGAAUGGCUGCAAAUAAAGAAUCCAUGGUGAUAAUUCUAGAUGUCGGCAUUGGCGCAGAAAAGUUAACAAAAGAUGCCGCCGAAUGUUCCAUGAAAGUUAUCAAAAACAAGAUUUUCAAUCAAGGCAAAGAUAUGCUUUCAUUUUUACUCUUUCGUACGGAAACAACUGAUAACAGCGCUAAUACGGAGCAGCUUGAUCAGUAUUUAAAUAUAUGCCAAGUUCUACCAGGUUCUCAAAUACCAACUUGGCAUAUGGCAAAAGAGCUAAAAGGAAGUUUGAAUUGUGAAAAAACAAAAUCAGGUGAUUGGGUUGAUGCUUUGAUCGUGGCAAUAGGAAUUAUUACAGAAGAUGCUACACUCCACAAAACUCGUUUAUCAAAAAUAGUUUUGUUUCAUAAUUUUGAUUCACCACUAACAUCCUUGGAUGAAGCUAUUGUUGAAAAGCUAAAUGAGCUGGCCUGCGAGCUAAUCAUUGUAAGCCACAAUAUUCAUUAUAUUCCCGAUUCAGAGGGAAAUCUUGAAGCUCAGUUCAAAAGCACUCCAAAUAAAAGUUCAACUCAAACCAAAAACGAAGAACUAGCAAUGGAAUUUAAAAAACUUUAUCCAUUGACAACAUUUUGCAACUUUAACGACGCCCUUCAAAUUAUUUCGUGUAAGAAACUACAACGUCCUUGGAGCUGGAACUGUACUCUAGCCAUUGGCUCACGAAUUAACAUACAUGUUUCGGGAGUAAUUGCCAUCAAAGAAGACUCUGCGGUGCCCAAAUUUCAAAAGAAACCUAAAGGACUUGGCGAAAAUAUUGUCCGCCAGAAGACAUAUUAUUCUGGAGUCAAUGAAGUGAGUGAUGACGUCAAAGAACAACAAAUUGCUGGCUAUAUGUUGGGUAAUACUCCCAUGCCCUAUGAUCCUAGCCUCGGCCAAGCUCCCCAUAUUGACACUAAGAAGGGAAUUUAUUUCAUUGGGUUUGUUGCAUUGGAAAACAUUCCACAAGAACACUUUUCCGGCUCUUCGACAUAUGUGCUCUUCCCACAAAAAGGCAAAGUUAAGUCAGCAAAGGUUCUCGACUCACUGGUUAGAGUGAUGAUGGCUAGUGGAGCAAGCAUACUAGCCUGGAAAGUUUAUAAUAAUUCCAACAAACCUAAACUUGUUGUUCUAAUCCCGAAUAUGGAAUACGAUCUGGCGGGAUUAUCGAUGAUUGAACUUUCUUAUCAUUCCCAACAUCGAUUCUGGGAUUUUCCAAAAUUAUGCACAAAGAAAAAUCAACCUACCCCUGAACAACUUGCAGCUGUAGAUCAGUUAAUGGGAGCUAUGGAUCUUUCAGGAAAACCGACUACAAUUGAAGAAUCAGUGGAUUCUCUAAACAAAGAUCGUUUGCCACUUGAAUUUCUUCCUAACAUUCGUCAGCAUUAUUUGAUUGAUUACUUGAGCCAGACAGUCUUGAAACAGCCGUCUGAUAAUUCAUCUCUGGAAUUUUUUAAAGUUCCAGAUUUCUUUCAGCCAGAAGCGACAGAAGCCGUUGAAAAUAUGAAAAGGCUAUUCGAUUUGAAGAAGAGUGAAUCCAUAACCAAAGAUAAAUUGAAAAAACUCUUUUUCAACGGUAAUACUGUUCAGAAUGAAGAUGGUGGGGAAGGUAUUUCGAACAAUGGUACAAGUACAUUACCAGUUGUAGAUGAUGAUGAAAAUAAAUGUACACAUGUUAGUACUGUUACACCAGCUGAAGAUUUCAAAUAUCUUGCUACGCAUGCAAUUAAUAAAAUACCCAACGGAGCAGAACGUGCUGCAAAAUUCCAUCAGUAUUCUAUUCAGAUGUGUUCCGUUAUAAGCGAUUUGCUAUUCAAAUCUAUGACAAAGCAAUAUGAAAAAAUCCGUAAAGCUUUGAUGGUUUAUCGAGAAAUUAGUAUAACUGCAAAUAGCUCGUAUGAUUACAAUGAUUGGAUGAGAGAUGUUCGUGCUAAGGUAAUUGAAAGAAAGAUGUUUGACUUUUGGGAAGAUGUUAUUGUUAAGGAAAAAUUGGGACUUUGUUCCGAAGAAGAUCCUCAAGUUGAGAAUGAUUUUUAUGAUAUUUCCAAAGAAAUUGCAGCAUCAAGUAAUGUUGAUACUCUUAUGGAAGAUGAUGAGGAUGUUGAAGAUCUCUUUGGCAACAUGUAGAUGUUGAAUGUUUUUUUAGUAUGUGUUUUUUAUUAAGUUUUUUGUUCGAAUAAAAUAAAGUUUAUUAAAAUAUA